AUGUGUGGUAUGUGUGUAGAUGACGCCCACCUUGCCCGUCUCAAGGCACCCACAGGCGAUCAAGCCGAGAAGGCAGGUGAAAAGGCAGCGUAUGAGGCACGGUUGAAUGUUGAUGAGGCGAUCGACACCGCCAGCAAAGACGCCAAAGAUGGCAUGAACCGUCUGGAGAAGAUUGGUCGCGACAAGACGGCUGAGUUGCGCUCAGGAGCAGAGAAGUUGGAGGGUAAGGUUGAGGAGAAGGCGGCGGAGGCGAAGGGAGCGGUGUCCGGGUGGUUUGGGGGGAAGAAAUAA